AUCUAACCUGUGGUCCAUGUUGAAAAACGAAUGCUGCUUUUUGCUGCUUUUGUUGUGGUUGUAAUAUUUUGUAGUGAAAAGAUUUUUAAAUCAUAAUCUUCAUUUUAAAUUACCAAGAACAUUUAUAUUUAAGCUUCGAUGAAUUAUAAAUUAAAUACACCAGGAACCAAAUACUUUUGAGUGUUUAUAAAAUGCCGCGCGACAGGUAUGGUUUGCCAAUUCAUCAAGUGCAUAUAGCGGAUGGGUUCUCGACCGACUGUGAUGAGAUAGUCAACCGGUGCCUGCAGCUUAAACCCCUGGACUUUAAGGAGUUUGCCAAACUAUGGAAGGAAAUGAACUUCGAUUUGUUAUAUGAAGGCAGAUCAUCGAGUGCAGAAAUAGCAGAAUUAUCUGAGGAACUGAUUCACAUAGCCAAACAUUACAUGGUCAAAGAUACUAGUUAUUUUGAGGAAUCCGUAACAGGGCUCUUCUUAGUCUACAGUCUGGUAAAUCUACAGCCGUUCCCAGGGUUCGCCAGUCUUAGACUAGUGCCCAGCGACGUGCGAGCUGUGAACAGGAUCGAGACGGUGGCGCGGCGCGAGCGACGACUGGACGUGUUGUAUGUAUUGGGCGAGGUGCUGACCAAGUGGACGCAGUACCACGCGGACGAACGGCCGCGAGGCAUGGAGAACGUUCUCAGGAAGUAUUUAGAAGGUUUUACAAGUAUAGACAAGCUAGGAGUGCGGCCGGUGGGCGUGUUCUACCGCCAGAAUGAGGAGCUGGACAACAUCAGGGACGUUGGCUCCAUGACACGGCAGUAUCUGCACGCCAAGGCAGCGCUAUUUAGUGACGGCUGUGACGAGCCCAGCCUCAAGUACAUCAACGAGCGCUUGCCGAACCAACUCAACUCGUCUCUUCGCAAGCUGGUCAUGGGCGUCAUUGAGGACGACUGUGACUAUGACCAGGAAAACGUUUCAGAAGAAGAUGAAGAAGAAGAAGAAGAAGAAGUAGAGAGUAAGAUGUCUGAAGAUCGUUUGACAACUGUGCAGGCCAUAAAGGCUAAAGCCAUGUCCAAUGCGGUGGAUCCCAUGAACCAUCUGACUAGUGCUGAGAACAGAAAAAAAUCGAAGACCACCCCGGCAAGCAGCAGCGAUCUCAAAACACCGACCGGUAAAAUCAAAUCUGGUUCUCAUAUGCGGCCAAUCACAACAUCACCUAAAAAAGCGAAAACCAGACGAAAACCCAACGUAACAACUGAUUCUGAUGACUCUGAUGAUGAUGAUGCAGACGCAGACUUACUUAUAGAAGAGUUCAAUCAGAUUUCUGAUGAUCACGGUGAUGAAACUAAUGACGAUGGUAAUAAUGACGGAAAUACCGAUGAUGAUAAUGAUGAUGAUGAAAAGAGUCAAGAAAUUAAACAACAAGAACAUUACGAACUUCAAUAUGACGAAAGCAUGGCUUUUAACAUGGAAUCACUACCUUUAAUAUUGAGAACUGGAGAUUUCGGGCCGGACAUAGAAAUCGAAAUCAUAGAUCAUACAAAACCUAAAAGAAAGAAAACGGAAGCCCCUAAAGUGACUAAUCGCGUUGUAAUCACUCCAACGCCUGGAGCACCUAAAACCACUAAAAGGACUAAAACUCCUAAAACCCCUAAUAGCGACGAGGAAGACAAACUAGCUAUAAAAUCUCGUCUAAAUUUCCUCAAAACGUAUAAGAAGGAUGGAAAAGAUGACAUAGCUUUGACGAUAGAGGGACUGCCUCGUAGGAUAAAAGGGAAGAGGGAUCAGAAACGUCGAGAGAUAAAGUCUAGGUUCCAAAGACAAGGGCUGUUGCCAAUCGCUAAUUUUGAAGAUAAAGUUGAAAAAAGUUAAUAAUGACUAUACUGGCGUUGGUUCAGAUGUUUUUCUCUGAGUUUCGAGUAUCUGCGUCGUUUUCCUUUUAAUGUUGCUAAAAACCGAUGGAAAAUAAAUUUUUAACUAAAGACUAAUGCUACUCUAGAUAUUUAAACAAUAUGCUCAGGACUGGCACCCAAAGUCACGAGGUUUGAUAGUUCUAAAUUAUAUUGAGUUUGCCUUUUUUAGG